CGUCCACGAGAUACCGCGACUCCGAGCAUAUACAUACGCAACUGGAACUGCCUACGAUGUCUUAACACUUCUCCUCUAACCCUCUAACCAGCUUAACAUGUCCGUAACAGGAAAAUCCGCACUCGUCCUCGGCGCGACGGGCGCCACAGGAAGACUCCUCCUGCGGGACGUGCUCGCGUCGCCCGAGUUCGCGCGCGUCGGCGAGUACGGGCGCCGCGUGACGCCCGCGGAGACUGUCGCGGGGUACGCGGGGCGGGAGAAGCUCGAGCAGCGGACGAUGGAUUAUGAGCGGCUGGGCGAGAGCGGGUUGCGGGAUGGGCGGUGGGACGUUGUGUAUGUUGCUAUGGGUACGACGAGGGCAAAGGCAGGUAGCGCUCAGGCGUUUACGAGGAUCGAUCGAGAAUACGUCGUAAACGCAGCGAAGGAGGCAAAGACCAACGACCCCACGAACGAACAGCGCCUCGUGUAUCUCUCCUCAGGAGGCGCGAACGCGGCCUCGCGGUUCCUCUACUUCAAGAGCAAAGGCCUCACCGAGCUCGAGCUCGCCGCACUCGGCUACAAGGAGACGAUCGUCUUCCGGCCCGGGUUCCUCACAGGCGCAGGGCGCCCCGACAAUCGUGUCGCCGAGAGCGUCGCCGGUUGUGUCACCGGCAUUCUGUCAGCGCUAUCGUUCAGCAUGGACAUUCCGAUUCAGCUAUGUGCCAAGAGCAUCUGCAACGCGGGACGCUUGGGUGUCGCGGGCUUGCCUGCCUCUGCCCAGGCCGAGAAGGCGGGCAAGGAGGGCGCGUGGUUCACGCUGAUUGAUAACCCUGGGACUAUUAACCUUGGCAAGGCGGAUGUAUAGGAGUAUGGAUGUUCUGGAUUUUACUGGGGCUCUAUAUUGGAGACAUAUGCUGACUUAUUUCAAGACAUAUCUCCUUGAUCUGAUACAAUGAAACGCGAGCUAAAUGCAACUUCACCGCGAAGGGCGUCUAGUAUUAAGUGGUUGCAGGAUGGUAGCUUCACGCCGUGUCUCAGCUCGCCAAGUCUGGCACUCGUCAGGCCCGGUACUCUCAGCGCUGGCGAGACCGCCCACCAACGCCGAAGAGGCUGCCCGCGAACAAAUCGGCCGUACGACAGGCCCUCAACGCCGCCGUCGAGACCGAGGCCCAGGCCCUGUUGGCCGCAUCACCCCACGCACAACGCAUGUGUCGCUACGACCCCGCCCUCAACCGCCGGGCUUUCCUAAAACUCACCAAGGGCCUGUCCCGCCGCAAACAUUCCCUGCUCUACCGCGUGCGCACAGGCUACGUCGAGCUCAACAGAUUCCUCUCCCGCUUCGUACCGGACGUCUCCCCGGCCUGCCCCCACUGUGGUGCUGAAGAGACGGUUCACCACCUGCUGAUGCGCUGCCCGCACUACCGAGCCGCUAGAGAAUGCCUGGCAGCAGCCUGCCCCAAGCGCCGCCUCUCCCCAAUGCCCCAGCUCCUCUCCCAGCCAGUCAGCGUCGAGGCGCUGCUAGCCUUCCUCUUCGAAACCGGCCGCUUCCCCAGGUACCAGCCCGCAACGUAGACUGAGCCCACAUGCCCAUCCCCUGCCGAAGACGCCCCAGGUAACGCCCCUUCUCUCCCCUUUUCUGCCCUCUCUCUCGUGUCUCGUCUCGUUCAUAUACACGCCCCGUUUCCGGAGAACUACCUCCCUCUCUCUCUCGUCUCAUUUCGUCUCUCUUCUCUCUUCUCUCCCCUCCCGCGCAUUGUUAUAAACCAACCCAAAUAUACAAUAACGUC